AUGGCACUCAAAACAUUUGACACGCAAGGUUCAUUUGCCAUAUCUGCAGAGCUUCUCACGCCAGAAAACUUUGCUUCAUUUGGCGGGGUCAUGAGUGCGGAUCACCAAAUUCAAAGUGUCCAGUUGUCAGCCGCAAAUUAUGGAACAGCCGUGAAGAUUCAUAACGUCGCACCGAUAGCGAACAAUUCAGACCAAUGUCCAAGCGGGAAAAAGGCUGAGUCAAGAUGGAACAUUUUCCGAUGCUCCGCGCCAAAUCACUUGAUUCAAGUGAAAAAUGCUUCCACGGACUCGUAUCGGGCUAAAGUUUUGGAGCGACAUCCAUUCUCGACACAAACGUUCGUUCCCAUGGGUCACAAUGCCAGCAGAUUAUCCUAUUUGGUGAUUGUUGCGAAAUCUGAUGAGCUAAGUGCCGAGAAACUUCCAGAUCCGACUUCUCUUCGAGCUUUUGUUUGUAUGGGAAAUCAAUCUGUCACAUAUGGGGCAGGUGUGUGGCAUGCACCAAUGGUGGUAAUUGAUGACAGUACUCCGCACAUUGAUUUUGCUGUCUUCAUUAAUGAAAACGGCGUGCCAGAUGAGGACUGCCAAGAGUGCUACUUUGAUCCUGGCUAUUUAAUUGAAUAUCCCACCGAUAAGAAAGCAAAACUAUAG